GUAAGACAUCAGGAAGUGCGAGUGAAGGCGAAGACCGAAACCCAAAAGGCUGAAGUUUCACUGAAAACUUUAGCUUUAUUUAACUGUCUUUUGUGGACUGUCCGUAAGGAUUCGACCGAGUAACUGUUGGAUUCGCGAGGAGCUAACUGAAGAUGCCGAGCAUGGAAAAACAUCUAUUCAAUUUAAAAUUUGCUGCCAAAGAACUCCAAAGAAACUCCAAGAAAUGUGACAAAGAGGAAAAAAUAGAGAAGGCUAAAGUCAAGAAAGCCAUCCAGAAGGGGAAUAUGGAAGUGGCCAGGAUCCAUGCAGAGAACGCCAUCAGACAGAAGAACCAGUCUGUGAACUUCCUGAGGAUGAGCGCUCGGGUAGAUGCGGUGGCAGCAAGGGUCCAAACUGCAGUUACAAUGAACCAGGUCACAAAAUCUAUGGCUGGAGUGGUGAAAGGCAUGGAUGCCACUCUGAAGAGUAUGAAUCUGGAAAAGAUUUCAGCUCUCAUGGACAAAUUUGAACACCAGUUUGAAACUCUGGAUGUUCAGACGGCCCAAAUGGAGGACACCAUGAGCAGCACAACAACACUCACGACACCACAGAAUCAAGUGGAGUCAUUACUGCAUGAAAUGGCAGAUGAAGCAGGACUUGACCUGAACAUGGAGCUCCCUCAGGGACAGACAGGAUCAGUGGGUACCAGCGUGGCCUCUGCAGAACAGGAUGAACUCUCUCAAAGGCUCGCCAAACUCAGAGAUCAAAUGUAAAGGACGGCAGUCAUCCUUUACAUUAGAGUAUUUCAGGUGGACUAGCGCCAUAAUGCAGAGCGCAAAAAACACCUGUACACUACCUGAAUA